UUAAUUUUAGCUGCAGGAAUUCCAGAUUUUCGUUCUCCAACGAGUGGAGUCUAUAGCAACUUAGAGAAGUACAAUCUACCACAUCCUCAGGCGAUCUUUGACAUCGACUAUUUCGCUGAAAAUCCUGAGCCUUUCUUCGCCCUAGCGAAAUUAUUGCUUCCUGAGGGUUACAAACCCACCCCCAGUCAUUAUUUCGUUAGAUUGCUGUGGGAAAAGGGAUUAUUGCUAAGACAUUAUACGCAAAAUGUGGACACAUUGGAGAGAAUUGCUGGUCUUCCUGGGGAGAAAUUGGUUGAAGCUCAUGGAACAUUCCACACUGGAAGAUGCCUCAAGUGCAGGUGCCCUUAUGAUCUCCCUUGGAUGAAAGAGAAAAUCAUAGAGGGGCCUAUUCCGAAGUGUGAGGAGUGUUUAGAGGGUGUGGUGAAGCCAGACAUUGUAUUUUUUGGAGAAAUGUUACCGGACAGAUUUCAUACGUUAAUUGAGCAUGACUUUGUACGUGCUGAUCUUUUAAUUAUUAUGGGCUCCAGUCUAGUUGUGCAACCGUUUGCCUCGUUGAUUGAUAGGUACUAA